AUUGUUUGUUUGGUGAUGGUCAGUGCCAAGCCGCUGCUAAUCGCAGUAUACGUAGCCUUGGCCCACCCGCCAGCCGAAUCUGGCUGGAGUUCAUCACUAAAAACGAUACGCACCCCGCUGACUCAGGCUCACUUCUUUCCUUUCUGACUGGUGAAGAGCCGCAUUCGCUCUGUCUGUGUCCUCCACACUGUCGUCUGCGCCUGCAAACAACCUUCUGCUUCAACCUCACCUCACCUCACCUCCUUACACCCCACCCUCUACAUUCCGGAGAGGAAGACAUACAAGGCUACUUAGGAAAAGUUCCUCCUUCCAUUGCUGUUUCUGGGCUGAAAAGCUCAUUAGCUUCUUAUCCACUCACUUUGGCUCUUUUACCGCAUAUUUAUUUUUUCCUCACUACCUUUUCCUUGGGCGGGGCAGACAAUUCUAGGUUACCAUAACAAACAACCCCCAAAAAAAGUCUUGUCGGCGAGCAGCGCACAUUAUCCGCAAUUUCUUACCCUUCUAUUUUCAAUACCUUGUGUACAUCUCGCUGUCGUGCUCAAUUCCGCUUCUCCGCAGACAUUUCCCUGCCCCUUGUUUGCUCCCUCGCAACCAACAACCCCCUUCUUCUGUGACGAAACACGCGACUACGGGGAAUAUAUUUGUAUCAAAUCAUGGAUGUCAAUCAGGUGUUGGCGGGCACCCUGUCGACGGAUGCUGCAACGCGUCAAAGUGCCGAGCAACAACUGCUACAUGCUGCUGAAGUUGACUUUGCUACCUACCUCACGACGCUCGCAGGCGAACUUGCUAACGAGGCCGCUUCCCCUACCGUUCGAAUUGCGGCCGGUAUUGCGCUAAAAAAUUCCUUCACGUUCAGAGAGCUUGACCGAUUGCGAGAGGUCCAGGGAAAAUGGGUGCAUCAGCUUAGCCCUGAGGUCAAAAAGACCGUUAAGGAACUCGCGUUGGAGACUUUAAAAAGCAACGAUGCCAGAGCUGGCCAGUCCGCAGCACAGCUUAUUGCAGUUAUUGCUGCUAUUGAGCUCCCGCGCAACGAAUGGCCCGAGUUAAUGGAUACUCUUGUGAAGAAUGUCAACUCUGGUUCAGAUCACAUGAAGCAGGCAUCUCUGACAACCAUUGGGUUUAUCUGCGAAUCGGACGAGCCAGAGCUUCGCGAUAGCCUAAGUGCGCAUUCAAAUGCCAUCCUCACAGCCGUCGUCCAGGGUGCACGACGGGAAGAAACUAACACUGAGGUUCGAAACGCUGCGCUUACGGCAUUGGGUGAUGCGAUGGAAUUUGUACGGUCGAACUUUGAGAAUGACGGCGAGCGAAAUUAUAUUAUGCAGGUUGUCUGCGAGGCCACACAAGCUGAAGAUACGCGGAUACAGAGCGGGGCCUUUGGCUGCUUGAAUAGAAUCAUGGGUCUAUACUAUGAGAAAAUGCGCUUCUAUAUGGAAAAGGCGCUCUUUGGGCUUACCAUUCUUGGUAUGAAGAAUGAGGAGGAGGAUGUUGCGAAGCUCGCUAUUGAGUUCUGGUGUACUGUUUGCGAGGAGGAAAUUGCAAUUGAAGACGAUAACGCAGUCGCACAAGCAGAGGGAUCUACCGAAAUCCGCCCAUUUUUCAGCUUUGCUCGUGUUGCUUGUAGGGAGGUUGUUCCUGUCCUGCUACACUUGAUGACGAAGCAAGAUGAGGACGCUGCUGAUGACGACUAUGACACCUCACGCGCCGCCUACCAAGCGCUGCAACUCUAUGCCCAGUGCGUUGCAGCUGAGGUGAUCCCACCUGUCCUCACAUUUGUGGAAGAAAACCUAAGAAGUGAGGAUUGGCACCGCCGGGAUGCCGCUGUCUCUGCGUUCGGUGCCAUCAUGGACGGCCCUGAUGUCCAAACGCUCGAUCCAUUGAUCAAGCAAGCGCUCCCAGUUUUAAUCGGAAUGAUGGACGAUAAAGUAAUUCACGUUAAGGACUCUGCUGCCUAUGCGCUUGGGCGAAUCUGUGAUUAUUGCUCUGAAUCUAUUGACCCAGAAGCUCACCUGCAACCGCUUAUAUCAUGUUUGUUCAAUGGCUUGGCUAGCAGCCCAAAGAUCGCGGGCUCUUGCUGCUGGGCUUUGAUGAACCUUGCGGAACGAUUUGCUGGGGAGGCCGGUGCUCAGACCAACCCUCUAUCGAAACAUUUCCAGGAUAGUGUUACUUCGCUUCUUAGUGUUACGGAGAGGCAUGAUACCGAUAAUCAGCUUCGAACUGCUGCGUACGAGGUUUUGAACUCGUUCGUGACUAAUGCUGCUAAUGACAGCCUUCCUAUCGUUGCCAACCUUUCUGACGUUAUCCUUCAACGACUCGAACAAACCGUUCCAAUGCAACAGCAGGUUGUCAGCGUUGAAGAUCGUAUUACGCUUGAAGAAAUGCAAACGAGCUUGACAAGUGUGCUAUUAGCUAUCGUACAACGGCUGGAAGGCGAGAUCAAGCCUCAGGCUGACCGGAUCAUGCACGUUCUAUUACAAAUUCUGUCCACUGUACCUCCAAAGUCGAGUGUUCCAGAUACAGUUUUCGCCACAGUUGGCUCGAUAGCCAGCGCGUUGGAGGCGGAUUUCAUCAAGUAUAUGGAUUCGUUUAUUCCGUUCCUUUAUAACGCGCUGGGUAACCAGGAGGAGGCUGGUCUGUGUGCCAUGGCAAUCGGACUAGUUAGUGAUAUCACUCGAUCAUUGGGCGAAAAGGCUCAGCCCUACUGUGAUACGUUCAUGAAUCACUUACUUAAUAACCUGAGGAGUACCACCCUCAGCAAUCAACUAAAACCGUCCAUCCUUGAGACGUUCGGAGACAUCGCUCAGGCUAUCGGGACUCAUUUCGAUACAUACUUGGUCGUUGUCGCUGGUGUGCUGCAACAGGCAUCAGGUGUCACCGCUAGUCCUGAUGUGUCAUUCGAUAUGCUUGAUUAUAUUAUAUCCCUUCGGGAAGGUAUUAUGGAUGCGUGGGGCGGCAUUCUCCUUGCGUACAAAGGCACACAAAAUGUUAACGGAUUGCAACCAUACGUCGAGUCGAUUUUCCAACUUCUAAAUGUUAUUGCUCAAGAUACCAAUCGGAGCGAGGGUUUACUGAGAGCUAGUAUGGGUCUUAUCGGUGAUCUUGCCGAUACGUUCCCAAACGGCGAAUUCGCGGCGUUCUUCCGCAACGAUUUUGUCUCCAACUUGAUUCGGGAAACACGAACGAACCGAGAAUUUGGGCCUCGCACCAUUGAAACAGCACGAUGGGCUCGUGAACAGGUCAAACGCCAAAUAAGCCUUGCGACGGCACAGGCUAUGUCAUAAACGCAAUCGAAAAAAAGUGACAUGUUUUUAUUUGUGCGAAUUCCCCAGCCGUUUCACGAACAUUGGCUCUGUCCAAAUAAUACCCCAUGAUCGUCGGUUCCAUCCCAACGCAGCAACCCGACAAGACAUGGGAAGCGACGUCCCUGACUGGAGCACAUUCACGGAAAGGGAUAAUGAAAAAUGAAUGAACAACAGACCGCUCUUGUGCGAGUUUUCCCAGCUCAUGGGACCGAUUGGAUAGUAAACGAAAUGAUUUUUUUUUAAGAAAAAGAAGCAGGAAUCUGUUUUCUCUUUUUUAAGCCCCCGUUCUCCCUUCUCCUCGUUGACAUUCGCGUCCUACACAACAGUUUUCAACGAUUCGGCACACUUUAACCCCUGCCCCUACACACUGCACACGUUCCGAUAUCACCAUGCCCCGGCCCAACCUCUUGUCAAAACAAGCUUCAAGCCCCCUUCGAACCAUAUUUCCCUUCCCGGUAUUCCCCCAAGCACUAAUCAUGUAUCCCUCCCAGCUAAUUCACCAACAAAAUUCAUCAACCUGGCCCCUCGUUCCACCACGCCCUACCCAACGAUCAGGUGCUGUCGAUGCUUGUUUUCAGAAAGUAUUCCCGUAUAACCCCCCAUACGCCCGUAUACGCAUACACAAAUCAACACAGAAUAAAUCCCCAUCUCCAGACCCCCUUUUUCUCCUCCCCCCCCCUCUCCCCGGCUACGACCCGGCCUGCCUUCCUAUGGUAUUUUCCUCGUUCACGUCCCUACCUACAAUUUUUUAUACAUUUUAUUUACUCAUUACACUAGAAUUCAUGUAUGCCCCAAAAAUCAUGUACCCGUUGUUAUUUUUAAAUUCUCUUUUUUCUUCUUUUUUUGCCCCAUGCAAGCCAUUCAUCGUAUCACAACACCAGCGCAUUCGUCGUUUCUUUAGUUCCUUUCCCUUUCAUUUCCAUUUUCAAAACUAGUUAAUAAAUGAAUGGGUGGCUUUUGAAUCUAAGAAUACUUAUCACAUAUUAUUAUGCGAUACCCAUUUCUUCGCUUUUUACAGUCAUUAGUAGAUAGAAGCAUGCGGUCUAGUUCGUGCAGCUGCAAUUCUAGAUUUUUGUUGGGACGACAAUGAGGAAAUAGUAGAUCUUGCUGGGAAUGUAAACGAGUAGUUAUUUGGAUUUUUUGUUCCUUUUUCUUUUCUUUGCUUUUCUUUUUCUUUUUCUUUUUUUUUCUUUUUUUUUUUUUUU